CUUCACGAUGGUGCUGCGGGAGUGGGAGGGGGCGCUGGCGCGGGAGCAGGCGUCGGGGGCGGGGGCGGGGGAGCCGGCGAGCUUCGCGGCCAAGGCGGCGGUGAACGCGAUGGUGUCGAGCCGGGCGAACAUGGCGCCGCUGUUCCGGCGGUUCGAGAAGGGCGACCUCGAGGACGACAUCCUCCGCCCCGUGGUGGAGAUCGUGCAGGCGGCGCAGGAGCGCCGCUACGUCGACGCCAACGACGGCUACCUCCGCCUCAGCAUCGGCAAGGCCGCCUGGCCCAUCGGCGUCACCAUGGUCGGCAUCCACGAGCGCUCCGCCCGCGAGAAGCUGCACAACGGCGAGCGCGGCCACAUCAUGAGCGACGAGGUCACCCGCAAGUACCUCCAGAGCAUCAAGCGCUGCCUCACCUUCGCCCAGGUCCGCUGGCCCCCCGAGGACAUCCGCCAGAUGAUGGGCUGAAUUCGCGCGAGAUGGGAGAGAAAAAAGGUAGAAACGAAAAUAAUAGUGGCAUACUUAGUUUUACCAAUGGGAACAAGAAGA